GUUGGCUUCGACCACCAUGCGCAACCUGGCAUUCAAAUUCAAGUCAAUACGAAGGGUACCGUUCAAUGUACGGUGUAUCUCCUCGACGCCAGCGCUAUCUUCGUUUAGGCACGGACGGCGGUUCGCCACGGAAUCCUCGAUUGUACCGAAGUACCGUUCUGCAGUGAAUACACAGUCGAACCCGCCUUUGACCAGGUCCAUGUUCAUCCAGACAGAGCCGACACCGAACAAUGAUUCUCUGAAAUUCAUUCCGGGGGUGCCAGUCAUGGGCGAGGGCACGGCAGAGUUCCUCGACACACGAUCCGCCCUCCCGUCACCUCUUGCCAUUCGUCUCAUGGGAAUCGAAGGCGUCGCUGCUGUUUUCUUUGGACCAGAUUUCGUCACUGUGUCCAAAGACUCUGAAAAUACAUGGGCAGUUCUCAAGCCCGAGAUAUACUCUACGCUCAUGGAGUUCUUCUCCUCUGGACAGGCUCUUUUCCGGAGUCAAGAGGAGAGGGACAAUGCUGGACCGCAGGAUACGAAGAUUCUUGAUACCGACUCGGAGACUGUUGCGAUGAUUAAAGAGUUGCUGGAGACGAGAGUACGGCCGGCUAUCAUGGAGGAUGGAGGGGACAUUGAGUACCGUGGAUUUGACGAAGAAGGGUCUGGCACUGUGAAAAUCAAGCUUAAAGGCAGCUGCAGAGGAUGCGAUUCCAGCACGGUCACUUUGAAGAGCGGGAUUGAACGGAUGUUGAUGCAUUAUAUUCCCGAGGUCAAGGGCGUCGAACAGGUUCUUGAUCAGGAAGAGGAGAUUGCCUUGGAUGAAUUCCAAAAGCUGGAGAAACGGCUCGAGCAAGAUACCGGAUCCAAGUCCAACCUGGCACAGUAUAUGUCUGUGUAGAUUUCCCGGGUUACAUAGGCACAAAGUUUAGCCUGUAGUAAAUGCCUUGAACUGGAUCCUUACAUAGACGUACUCGUAGCACAUAAUCUGUAUGUUAUUAUCAAACUCUCUGUAUUUUUGAAGACAGCCAUAUAAAAAGGAAUGUCGUAAGAUCUCCGGG